AUGAAUCGCGUAAAACAAAUAAAUCAGAGUCGAACCGCGCUGAAGAUCCAAUUGACCACUAUCGAAAAUUUGAUCGCGGAAGAUAGAGUUAGUAAAGUCAAUUUAAGACUGCGGCUGAAGCGUGCUACGGACCUCUUUCACGCUUAUGAGGAGGCCCAUAAUGAGCUCGAAUUAUUGAAACCGGACGAAUACUCGAAUGAAUUAAUAGAAAUUCAAAAUCGAUAUUACGCGAUUGCAACGCAUUGCGAGGAGGAAGCGCCGGCGGCAACAUCGGCGGUAAACUUAAACGCGACUUCGAUUCCGGUCGACAAUAACACGCGUAGACUUAAGUUACCAGUCGCGGAGCUACCUAAAUUCGACGGCAGUCUGGAAAAAUGGUUAACAUUCAAAAACACUUUUAACACAAUGAUCGACGCACGCGAAGAUAUUACCGAUUUGCAAAAAUUUAUAUAUUUGAGAGAUUCGUUACAAGACGAGGCACUGAAGAAAAUCUCGAUUUUCAGCGUGAGCGAAAAAGGUUACCGGGACGCAUGGAAUUUGCUCGACAAAUCAUAUAACAAAAAACGAAUUUUGAGAGCGAGACAUCUCGAUGCCAUUCUCGCGUUGAUGCCGAGUGCGCGCAAGGACGACUCGCGUCGGCCGUCGGAUACGGCGUCAUCGAGCGAGACCACCGCUAAAGAAUUAAUGAAAUUAGUAGACGAUAUGCGACAACAUAUGAAUAUGCUCGAGUCAUUAGACGUAACUCUUGAUCCAUAUCUUCCGGUUCGCAUAAUGGAACGCGCAUUACCGUCCAGUAUUGUCACGGAAUGGGAAAGAACCCUCAAUUUCGAAGAUUCACCCAAAUUUGAUCAAAUAUGCGAGUUCAUAACGGGAGAAGCGUUUCGAAUGGCCGCGCGAGAAACGAGCCCAUCCUCAUCAAAUGUCGAACCGAACAAUAAAAGAUCGCAUUCCAAGAAAGAACCGGCUGCGGUUAAGAUACGCAAAAACGAUUCCGGCGCGCGCGCUUUCGUCACCAACGCGUCCACCAAAUGUCCGGCGUGCAAAAAGGACGAUCACCCGUUGUAUCGAUGUUCCGAAUUCACAAGGUUAUCAAUUCAGCGUAGGUGGGAUUUGAUAAGGCGCAGCAACAUUUGCAGAAAUUGUUUACGCAAACAUCCCGGCGACUGCCAACGAGUAAACUGCAAAUUCUGCAAAAAACCACAUAAUUCAUUGUUACAUAACCACGCAUAUAAGUCAAACACGAGGUCUUCCGAAACAACGCCGUCGGAAUCUCGAACGCUAGCAACUGCGGCUAAGUCGGAAUGA